GGAGCCUCAGCAGCGGGUUCAGCUCAGGACAGCCUGAAGGACAACACCAAAAGGAAGGUAGAGAAGAGCAAGUCAACACACAAAGGAUCUGCUGAAGAAAUAACACGAAAGUAAAGUGUUUUGAAAAAUUGUGUGGACUAAGCUCAGUCUGAUGGCUCUGUCGCCAGUUGCCACAGCCACUCGUCGGGUGUUGGCGGCUGCAUCACAUUCCAGCCACGAGGGAGGAGCAAGGACUUGGAAGAUCCUCACGUUUGUUUUGGCCAUUCCUGGUGUCAGUGUUUGCAUGGCCAAUGCGUUCAUGAAGGCGGAGAGCCACGCCGACCACCAGGCUGACUUUGUUCCCUACCCACACUUGCGCAUCCGCACUAAGAAAUUUCCCUGGGGUGAUGGGAACCACACGCUCUUCCACAACGGCCACACCAACCCUCUCCCUGACGGCUACGAGACUUCCCAUCACUGAGAGGAAGUUCAGCAGAUUUCUGAACUACACUUCCCAGCAUCGCCUGCUGUGCUGACCUCCUGUUCUGCAUCCACCUGGUUAAACCAGAAUGUCCACGAGGCUAUGCAGCACCACCAUUUCUGGUUCACCUAUUAAGAAUAAACUUGAUUUUAUGCUGUA